UUUGUGCUUCUUCUGCCAUCACCUCCAUUUCUUCUCCAAGAUCGCCUGCGUCUGGGCGCUGUGGCAGCAGAUCCCAAUAGACCAAUCUGGUUCCCUGUAAGCACUCCUCCAGAGUGGCUCAACGGUAGCCUCCCUAGUGACUUCGGGUUUGAUCCUCUUGGUCUUUCAUCUGACCCGGAUAGUUUAAAAUGGAACGCACAAGCAGAGCUAGUCCACUGUCGGUGGGAAAUGCUCGGCGCUGCCAGGAUUUUUACACCGGAGUUUCUAACCAAGAUCGGUAUCCUCAACACGCCGUCGUUUUACACUGCCGGAGAGCAAGAAUAUUUCACGGAUAAAACCAUAUUGUUCGUCGUUGAGCUCAUCUUAAUCUGAUGGGCUGAGGGACGUAGCGUCAAUACUGAUCCAAUCUUCCCAAACAACAAAUUGACGGGCACAGACGUUGGAUACCCGGGUGGGUUGUGGUUCGACCCUGGGUGGGGAUCCGGUAGCCCGGCUAAGCUCAAGGAGUUGAGGACAAAAGAGAACAACUAUGUUGGCAGUGAUGGUGCUUGGUUCCAAAACAAAUUUACACGGAGGACUGGUCCUAUUGAUAACCUUUUUGCACAUCUUGCUGAUCCUGGCCACGCCACUAUCUUCGCUACUUUCACACCCAAGUGAGACGUCAAAAAAGGGAAGAUCAUGUUCGUAUUGUAUUUAACUGAUUGAAAUAGUGGUCGAAUAUAACACUGCUCUUUUCCUGACUAAAAUGCUCAUAGCUUGCAUUUACAUGAGAGUGGAUGUCUUCAAUUCAUUGUUGGUUAAAUCAAUCUUGCGAGAAUGAAACACAUUUCUAGUUCUAACAAGUAACAGCUGCCAUUUACAAUACAAAGCAAAAAAUAAUAUAUCAUAUGGAUACUCAAAUCAGUUGAUCAAAAAAAAAGUAUACUCAAAAUCUAUAAUGCAGAAAUAUUUUAAAACCCAACCUGACUAAUUUAGGUAUAUUGAAUGAUGAAUUUGAUAUGAUUUGGUUUUCAAUGGAAUUUUUUGAUGAUUAUUGAUAAAAUAGGAAAGCUAUCUGAUUUUAAUUAAAUUACUAUAAAAAUAAUUUAAAACUAUGAGACUUUAAUUUUUAUGUUUUUACUUUUUAGCUAAGAAAUCUAUACUAUUAAAAAGAAUCAUUCUAAAAAUAUACAAUAAAAAGUUGUUAGACCAAUGUGUAACUAUUCAUUAUUUUUGAUCCUAUUAUUAAUUAUUCUAACCAUACAAAAUUUUAAAUAUUUAAAUAAAUCAUAUUAUUUAUUACUCCUUAUUUCAUGUGAUACAAUUUUUUAUAAAAUACUUUAUCACCUAACAUUAUAGUUGUUAUGCAAUAUUGAUAUACACCAUAUUUAAUUCUCAAUGUAGACUUACAACAUUUAUGCAUUAAUUAUAAAAAUGAUUAUAUUACCUAAAAUAUAACCAAAAAUUCAAAUUCAAAACUUCAAAAAUAUAUUGUAAUACAUAAAACAUAUCUGAAAUACCCACAUAUAUGUAAUAUGCACAAAAUAUUUCGGAUACUUUGGAUAUCCGGAUUCGAAUAGAUAUUUACAUGUCCAAAAACAAAAACCCAAUAGGUAUUUUACUUCAUCUAUGACCUGAACAUGUAUUUCCAUAUUGGUUUCAUUUUAGUUUUUGGAUCCGAGUAAAAUGCAUAUACUUAAGAAAUAGUUAUAUAAGAGUAUAUAUACAUAAUCUCAAAUAAAAUAAUUUAUAAUUAUAUAAUUUUAAACAACUUUCUUCAUCUGAUAUAAUAUGAUUUUAUAACAUAAUAAUGAACAAAAUCCCAAAUACUAAUUCAUAUUAAUUUUUUUUUUUAAACUGGCUUCUAUUUGUUUGUUGUUUCAAUUAUAAAUAUCUAAACAUCUAAACAUUCGACUUUGAUACUUCAAAAUCACUAGAAUUUCUAAAUUAUAAAUAUAUGUAAUAACAUCGGAUGUUUAGAUGUUUUUUGAAAUUACCAAUCCAAUAAUAUUGAAUUUUAAACAAAAUUUUGAAAAGAGUUUAAAAUCAAUAUUUGAAUAAUUAUUAGUAUAAAUCACUCAAAAUUCCAAAAAUAUAUUUGUAAUACAUAAAACAUAUCUGAAAUACCCACAUAUAUGUAAUAUGCACAAAAUAUUUCGGAUAUUUUGGAUAUCCGGACUCGAAUAGAUAUCUACAUGUCCAAAAACAAAACCCAAUAGGUAUUUUACUUCAUCUAUGACCUGAACAUGUAUUUCCAUAUUGGUUUCAUUUUAGUUUUUGGAUUCAAGUAAAAUGCAUAUACUUAAGAAAUAGUUAUAUAAGAGUAUAUAUACAUAAUCUCAAAUAAAAUAAUUUAUAAUUAUAUCAUUUUAAACAAAUUUCUUCAUCUGAUAUAAUAUGAUUUUAUAACAUAAUAAUGAACAAAAUCCCAAAUACUAAUUCAUAUUAAAAUUUGUUUUUUUUUAAAAACUGGCUUCUAUUUGUUUGUUGUUUCAAUUAUAAAUAUCUAAACAUCUAAACAUUCGAUUUUGAUACUUCAAAAUCACUAGAAUUUCUAAAUUAUAAAUAUCUGUAAUAACAUCGGAUGUUUAGAUGUUUUUUUUGAAAUUACCAAUCCAAUAAUAUUGAAUUUUAAACGAAAUUUUGAAAAGAGUUUAAAAUCAAUAUUUGAAUAAUAUUAGUAUAAAUCACUCAAAAUUCCAAAUUGAAUAUAUGUAGGAAGGCGAAAAUACUCACUAAAGAAACUGUUUAAUCAUAACUAGGUGACCGACCCGCAUCCUGUGCGGAUAUAAAAAUAUUGUAUAAUAUCGAUUGAGUUCAAAUGUAGGAGAAUGUGGAACACGUGAAAGUUUCAAUGCUGAGACAUGAUUUGCGCAAAUCUCCAAGAUGCAGUAUGUGUGGAAUUUGUUACUUUUUCGGUUCGGUUGGUUUGUUUAGUUCGAUUUUAAUAUUUUUUUUCAACUGAAGUAAACCAUAUUUAGUCUGGUUCAGUGUGGUUUAUGUCCGGUUUAGUUUA